UAUAGAUUUAUAAUAUUUUAGUUUUUGCAUUUUUUACUGAUUUUACAAGCGCACUCAAUUGAAACAUAGAAAAUUUAAAUUGUGAAAGUUACCACGUCAACAUACGCGAUUGAAUUGUCAAUUUGCAGCGAUUUGUGACUUGAAUUCAGAAGAAAAAGUAAUAUGUGCAUUUUGAAGAAUGCCGAUUCAGGCGCCUUCAUGGACAGAUUUCCUCUUCUGUCCCAUUUGUUGCAAUGAGUUCGCUGUUAAUCAACGUCUACCAAUAAGUUUGGGAUGUGGUCACACCAUAUGUCGCCAGUGUCUGUCCACCUUACACAAUCGACAAUGUCCUUUCGAUCAAACUUCCAUAACAACCGAUGUCGACAAUCUGCCCAUAAAUAACGCUCUACUACAGUUGGUUAGCACUAACACAAAUACCAACAAUAACAACAAUGCUGGAAAUAUUAGCGAAAACCGAUUUAGCAGUGGGGGUAAUGACGGGGCCUCAGGGAAUGACGGUGAAACGAACACUUCCACCAGACAUACACCACCUAGUGUACGUCAGUUAAGUCCUGAAGAUUUAAAAUGCUAUAAUAUGGCGAACAAAUGUAUAGAAAGUUUGGCACUGUAUCUAAAAUCUCUUGUUACUAAUAAUGGAAAUUUCGGAAGUCCUCUUUCGCGACCGAUGCAACGUAAACUUGUAUCUUUAGUCAAUACUCAGUUGAUGGAACGUGAGGGACGCGAACGUGUUUUGCGAGCUGCUCGUUCAUUGGGCGAGCGUACUGUUACCGAACUAAUUCUGCAACAUCAAAAUCCCUUACAGCUCAGUUCAAACCUAUGGGCAGCGGUUCGCUCUCGUGGUUGCCAAUUUCUGGGUCCAGCCAUGCAGGAGGAAGUUUUAAAACUGGUUUUGCAGGCUCUUGAAGACGGUACGGCAUAUUCGCGUAAGGUGUUGGUAAUGUAUGUGGUACAACGGCUAGAACCACGUUUUCCACAAGCCUCGAAAACUAGUAUUGGUCAUGUUGUACAGCUUUUAUAUCGAGCCAGCUGCUUUAAGGUAUCGAAACGUGAAGCAGACUCGUCACUUAUGCAAUUGAAGGAAGAGUUUCGUACUUACGAUGCCCUACGACGCGAACAUGAUGCUCAAAUCGUACAAAUAGCCACUGAAGCCGGUCUACGCAUAGCGCCAGAUCAAUGGUCUUCCCUUCUGUACGGAGACACAGUGCAUAAGUCACAUAUGCAAAGCAUUAUCGACAAACUACAAACGCCGUCCUCAUUUGCACAGUCCGUACAAGAAUUGGUUAUAGCUCUACAACGCACCGGAGAUCCGGCUAAUUUGUCAGGUCUAAGGAUUCAUCUGAAACAUUUAGCCGGUAUUGAUCCGUCUUUGGAAAGUCCGCCAUCAUCGUGGCAGGAUGUAGCUAAAGCAUUAGAAUCAGUGCAUGAAGUGGUGGUGGGACUAGUGGAUUUCGUACAACAUCACGGCAAUCGGAAGCUACAAGAAUGCACAGCGGGUCAAACAAGUACGAAUACCAAGUAUAAAAUAAGUUUAUGUCGAGAUUUGACAGUGAGACGUAACUGUCCACGUGGUUCCAGCUGCACUUUUGCGCAUUCUGAAGAAGAAUUGGAAAAAUAUCGUGCUAAGAAUCGUAAAAACACAAAGCCGGGUAGCAACGUUCCCCACUCGGUUAUAGGCCCGAUAACGGCUGGUAGUGCGAAUAGCUCAAACAAUAGCAAAAACGAUUUUACAUCGCAUACUCAUCCACAUAACCAUGGACACAAUCAACACAAUCCCCAUGCUAUGGUCCUGCUGCAUCCCGGAAAUGAUAAUUCCGCACCAGCCUCAACGGCUACGUCGCCAUUGAGAUUUGACAGUCUACAGUCGAUGCAUAACAAAUUACCUCGCGGCAGUUAUGGUGAUGCCUCGUCAUCAUUGCAAACGCACGGGCCAACAGGUGCACAUCAUCACAUGCGUUCAUUGCAUCAUAGUCCAAUUCCCCCUAAUACCGGUCAGACAGUGCCUACACCCCCUACUGCACAUCGUUAUGACGCAUCUGCUUUUGGCUCCACAUUAAAUUAUCCCGUAUCAACAACUGGAGUACCAUCACGUAUGCCUCAGGGUUUGGCAAACAUCAAUAACUCACCAAUAACGAUGCGAAAUUCUAGUGGCGGUAUACUUUCAUCAAGAUCUUUUCCAAAUACAUUGCAACCGCCGCCAACACAUACUCAUCAUCCCUUACCUCCGAAUAUGUCUACCAAUAACCCACCGAAAUAUCACAACAAUAACAAUGUGACCACAUCUUUGGGAAGUCCGCUAUCUAAUAAGGGAAUUUAUAAUGCAUUAUCUGCUGAAUUUUACAAUACACCGAUCAUGGGUACGAACACACGUGCAUCCUCUUUAUUUAGCAGUAAUCAAACUACAGCUGCUGGUGUUGCGGGAAAUAGUGGAGGUAUGAAUGGAAAGAAUAACGCAGAUAUAAAAGGUGAUAAGCUCAGGUUAGCCCAAAUUAGUGGCAUGUGGGAUCAGCACCAACAUCAGCAUAUGGUAAAUGCAUCAACUACCGCCGAAAUAUUAAGUGGAACUACCGGACUUGGAGGUUCACCAUCGCAUCAAUCUGCAUCACUGUACCCAUCCAGCGAUAAAGUGUCUAUAUUUGGUAAGAAAGUUAACAACGUCAACAUGAAUCUUAAUAUAACACUCAAUGGUCUUGCGGUCGCUGAUCAGUAUAUGUUCAAGAAUGAUUACGGCGGCGCAAACGCUGUUCUCCCAUCAUUGACUGGCAUACCAAAUAACAACAAAGAUAGUUUAAUGAGUAAUGAUAUACCAACUCAACGAUCUUUCUGGAAUGCGCAUAAUAGCAAUAUGGUUAGUGGUGGUAACUUUGCCGAUAGUACGCAGGAACGUAAUACAAUUGCACAUAAUAUGAGUAUAAAUGCGUCACCUGGACCAUUUCGUGAUCGUGAUAGUUUCGUACGUUCUGAUUCUAUAUUGGAUGACGAUGCCGCUACUUUUGAAGUGCCUGCAACAUCAGCAGGCAUGGGUAGCAAAUUUGGUCCCAUCUGUCCAAUGUACAAAGGACAUAGUAGCACGGCGGCCGAAGUUUCCCACACUAAUACAUAUCUUGAUAGCUGGAGUAGUGGCGAUAUUCGAAAUCAGACGGCAAACAAGGAACACCCAUUGUUGGAGCGAAGUUCUUCUGGCGACAUCAACUACUCAGUAUUUUCAAAUGAUACCGAGAACAGUCUGGCAUUGCAAUUUCGACAACAACUACAGCGCUCGGCAAAUGGUCAGCAGCAACAUCAGCAACGUUUACUCCAAAAUCAGCAGCAGCAACAACAACAACAACAAUCGCACAGACCAUCGGCAUUUGAUAAUUUCAAUAGCAUGCAAAACACGCUGCUGCCUGAUUUGUCAUUCAAUCACAGCGGUUUAGAGAGAGAUCGCACUUCCGCGGGCGAGGAAAGAGUUAAUUUUGAAUUAGGCUAUAAUGCGUUCCAAAGUAUGUUGGCCAAUGCAGACAGUAAUGCUAAUAUGGACAUAAAUAAGGGUUCCUCAAUGUGGAGCAGUGGCAUUAAAUCAGCGGAUGCAACUUUCUGGAAUGACGCGAUUUCCACAGCAGCUGCAAAAAACAAGGAAUUGCAGCUUCAACGGCAGCAGCAACAGCAACAAUAUCAACAAUUGUUGAGCAAAGGUCGGAACAGUGAGGAAGGCAGCAUUGAUAGUAGUCGAAUGAGAGAUAUUGAGCAAGAACUUUCGGAAAUCGUAGACAAAAGUUGGUCAAAUGCCGAUGACAGUGGUAUUAAGUUGCAAUAAAACUAAAGCUAUUGCAGGUAAGAUAGCAACAGAUCACAAUAGCAGUGUAUUAACCGAUGAAAACGGAACAACAACUGAAGCAAAUGGAGGCUCUUCAAACAAAAGAAAAAAUGAACAAAUGUGAUCAUAAAUUGUUUCCAUAAUUUACUUGCAAUAAUUUUGCAAAACUAUACGAAGUGAAUAGUAAUCAUCGGUCGAAUAUUACUAAGCUGAGCAACUUAAAACAUGCACAGACACUGAUCCUUUUCAACGAAGGUUGAUAGUAACAUAAACAAUACAAUUUAGAUAAUUAUGUGUUUUGAAAAGUAAAACUCACCCAAACGUGAGUGCAAAAAACACAAGUUAUCACAAGUUGAGAGGGCCAAAUAUCCCACUGCUGAUGUCACGACAUAUUAAGUAUAUUUCUCUUUAUUUUUAGCGAAUUUCUUGCAUUGGAAACUUUCUGUGUUCUGUAUAGUUUAGAAAUGUAGAUAGGAGACGGCUCUUUUACGCAUUAAUUGCAAAUUGCAAUAAUUAGAUGUGAGCCUUCUUGUGUAUAUCGUGUAGAAAACGUGUAUAGAAAUGUAAUGCGCGAAAAACAACUAAUUAUUAAUUGUAAAUGUAAAUUUUUUGUAUUAGAUAUUCUUACAAUCGAUUAUAAAAAUGAAUAGCGAUACUAAUAAUUCUGAAGACGUGAUCAAUAUGAAACUAUAUUUUAUAGACAUUUAAUGAAAACAAAAACUCAAAAAUAAUAUAUAAUAUUUUUGUAUAAAUGCAAACACUAAUCGCAUGAUGUCGCUUUUAUGCAGCCACACUACUCUACUCUUCUUUUUACACAUACAUACAUAUAAGAUGCCCAUCAGGAAGUAUAUAAAUAAAUAAACAAAUCAAUAACAAAAUUAGUUAAUAUUUAUGCGACAGCGUAUUAGUGCUUGGCCCACUGCUUUUACUUCUCUGACUGACAUAGAAAACGUCACUAUUAACUAAAAACAAAAAUAUAUACAUAUACACAUACAGAACAGCGUCUUCGCUGAGGUGAACUUAUUUUCCGCUGGGCAAAUUAACAUACACACAUAAAACACAAUAUUAUAACAAAGAAUACAUUUAAUAUAAUUAAAUUUAAAAUUAUUAUAUACAAGCAUAUAUCUACUAUAUAUUAUAUAUUUCUUAAAGAAAUUUAAAUUACGCUAUUGUGCGAUGUAAGCUGAGAUCAUAAUAUGACAAUGAUAAUUUUUUGAUGAAAUUGGUGUUUUUUAAAUAAUUACCUUUUUGUCUGAAAAAUAUGAUUAUGAAAUAGAAAAUUUAUACA